GGCAAAAGCCCCACCUCCGGUUUGGAUACUACGUAUACGUACGUGCAUAGUUGGGCACUGCGGCCUCCGGGGCUCCCCGUCGGCGAGCAAGAUGGCGGCGGCGGCGGCCGAAGGUCUGGAGCGGAUCAAGAACGAGGCCGUCGACUUGGAGAACAUCCCUGUGGAGGAGGUGUUCGAGAACCUCCAGUGCAGCUCGGCAGGCCUCACCUCCAAGGAUGGCCAGGACCGCAUCGCCGUCUUCGGCCCCAACAAACUCGAAGAGAAAAAGGAGAGCGAGAUCCUCAAGUUCCUGGGGUUCAUGUGGAACCCGCUGUCGUGGGUGAUGGAGGUGGCGGCCAUCAUGGCCAUCGCGCUGGCCAACGGCGGCGGCAGGCCGCCGGACUGGCAGGACUUCGUCGGCAUCAUCGCGCUGCUCCUGCUCAACUCCACCAUCUCCUACAUCGAGGAGAGCAACGCCGGCAGCUCGGCCAAGGCGCUCAUGGCCAACCUCGCCCCCAAGACCAAGGUGCUCCGCGACGGCAAGUGGAGCGAGCAGGACGCAUCCAUCCUCGUGCCCGGCGACAUCAUCAGCAUCAAGCUCGGUGACAUAGUCCCCGCCGAUGCGCGCCUCCUGCUCGAGGGAGACCCGCUCAAGAUCGACCAGUCGGCGCUCACGGGCGAGUCGCUGCCGGUGACCAAGAACCCCGGCGACAGCGUCUACUCGGGGUCCACGUGCAAGCAGGGCGAGAUCGAGGCCGUCGUCAUCGCCACCGGCGUGCACACCUUCUUCGGCAAGGCGGCGCACCUCGUCGACAGCACAAACCAGGUCGGCCACUUCCAGAAGGUGCUCCGCGCCAUUGGUAACUUCUGCAUCGGCGCCAUCGCCAUCGGCAUGAUCGUCGAGAUCAUCGUCAUGUACUUCAUCCAGCACCGCCGGUACCGCGACGGCAUUGACAACCUCCUUGUGCUUCUCAUCGGCGGCAUCCCGAUCGCGAUGCCCACGGUGCUGUCGGUCACCAUGGCUAUCGGCUCCCACCGGCUGUCGAAGCAGGGCGCCAUCACCAAGCGCAUGACGGCCAUCGAGGAGAUGGCCGGCAUGGACGUGCUCUGCAGCGACAAGACGGGCACGCUCACCCUCAACAAGCUCAGCGUCGACCGCAACCUCAUCGAGGUGUUCGCCGCGGGCGUCGCCAAGGACGAGGUGUUGCUUUUCGCCGCCAUGGCAUCCAGGGUGGAGAACCAGGAUGCCAUCGACGCUGCCAUGGUCGGCAUGCUCGCCGACCCAAAGGAGGCCAGAGCUGGCAUCCAGGAGAUGCACUUUCUCCCCUUCAACCCCGUCGACAAGCGCACCGCGCUCACCUACCAGGACACCACCGACGGCACGUGGCACCGUGUCAGCAAGGGUGCUCCCGAGCAGAUAUUGGAACUGUGCAACUGCAGAGACGAUGUCAAGAACAAGGCGCACGCCAUCAUCGACAAGUACGCCGAGCGCGGCCUCCGGUCCCUCGCGGUGGCCAGGCAGGAGGUGCCGGAGAGGAACAAGGACAGCUCCGGAGGGCCAUGGGAGUUCGUCGGGCUUCUGCCGCUCCUCGACCCGCCCAGGCACGACAGCGCCGAGACGAUCAAGCAGGCGCUCAAUCUCGGCGUCAACGUCAAGAUGAUCACCGGCGAUCAGCUGGCCAUCGCCAAGGAGACGGGCAGGAGGCUCGGCAUGGGCACCAACAUGUACCCCUCGUCCGCCCUGCUCGGCCAGAGCGUCGACGAGUCCAUCGUGUCGCUCCCCGUUGACGAGCUCAUCGAGAAGGCCGAUGGCUUCGCCGGUGUCUUUCCCGAGCACAAGUACGAGAUCGUCAAGAAGCUGCAGCAGAUGAAGCACAUCUGCGGGAUGACUGGGGACGGCGUGAACGACGCGCCAGCUUUGAAGAAGGCCGACAUUGGCAUCGCCGUGGCCGACGCCACCGACGCCGCCAGGAGCGCAUCGGACAUCGUGCUGACCGAGCCGGGGCUCAGCGUCAUCAUCAGCGCCGUGCUGACUAGCCGUGCCAUAUUCCAGAGGAUGAAGAACUACACCAUUUACGCGGUGUCCAUCACUAUCCGUAUAGUGCUAGGGUUUAUGCUGAUCGCGCUGAUUUGGAAGUUUGAUUUCUCGCCGUUUAUGAUCCUGGUCAUCGCCAUUCUGAACGACGGCACAAUCAUGACCAUCUCCAAGGACAGAGUGAAGCCAUCCCCACACCCAGAUAGCUGGAAGCUGCCGGAGAUCUUCAUCACCGGCAUCGUCUACGGCGCCUACCUUGCCGUCACGACCGUGGUCUUCUUCUUCGCCAUGACCAGCACCGACUUCUUCAGCGAGAAGUUCCACGUGCGUUCGCUAAGGGGCAACAAGGACGCGAUGAUGUCUGCCCUCUACCUUCAAGUGAGCAUUAUUAGCCAGGCCCUCAUCUUCGUCACCCGGUCGCGCCGCUGGUGCUUCCAGGAGCGCCCGGGGCUCUGGCUCUGCUUCGCCUUCGUCGUCGCGCAGAUCAUUGCCACCGUCAUCGCCGUGUACUGCAACUUGCCAUUUGCGCACAUCCGAGGCAUCGGCUGGGGCUGGGCCGGCGUGAUCUGGCUCUACAGCAUCAUCACCUUCAUCCCCUUGGACCUCUUCAAGUUCGCCAUCGGCUACGCGCUCAGCGGCAAGGCAUGGGACACCCUCUUCGAGAACAAGAUCGCCUUCACGAACAAGAAGGACUACGGGAAGGAGAAGCGGGAGCUGCAGUGGGCGACGGCGCAGCGGACGCUGCACGGCCUGCCGACGGCGGACCCGGCCAGCACGCCGCAGGAGAGGAGCAACUACGGCGAGCUCUCGGAGAUGGCCGAGCAGGCCAAGCGCCGGGCGGAGAUGGCGAGGCUGCGCGAGCUCAGCACGCUCAAGGGG